AUGGUCAAGUACCUGUCGAUGUCGAUAUCAUUUCCAAAUAAUUUCUGUAAUUUUGUCUCAUCAAAAGACGAACUUAUCAACAAUGUAUUUAAAGACAUUAUUUCUAACUACAAAAAUAAUGAAUGGUUGAGUGAGCGAGCAAUUUUAGCGGCUAAGAAUAAAGAUGUAGACGACCUGAACUAUGUAAUUCAAAAUAAGAUCAUUGAAACAAUGCAUUCAUUCAAAUCUAUUGACUGCGUCACAAAUGAAGAUGAAGCCACCAACUAUCCAAUUGAAUUUUUAAACUCCUUGGAUGUGCCUGGCUUACCACCGUACAAUUUACGCCUAAAGGUUGGCUCCGUAGUAAUCAUGCUUCGAAACAUAAACCAACCAAAACUGUGA